ACAAGAAAUAGCUGGAAAGUGCCAGAUCGAGAGAGAGAGAGAGAGAGAGCCACAUGCGGCCGCUGUGUGUGUGUCUAUGUGUUCAAGUUAAUUUGAGUUAAUUUAUUUUAUUAUAACUUACAUUGACCAUUCAGCCAGUUCCUGCCUCUGCCAAGAAGGGGAGGAGCCCUUCCAUCCACCAGUUGAGGACCGGGUGACAGUAUGUCCAGGGACUGUCGAACGAGUUUUUCUCUCUCUCUCCUCUCUCUCUCUCUCUGUCGCUCCGCUUCACUCUUUCCCUCUCCCCUUUACCUCCCCUCGUCUCUCCCUGGGCUGGAUCAGGCCAUUCAGCCGGGAGGGGGAUAAAGAUGAGCCAGAGGUGCCAGUUCGGGAGAGAGUGAGUUACAUGCACCGGGCAUUUGUGUCUGUAUGUUUGUGUUUACAUUGAUGUGUUACAUUUACUGUUCAGCCGGUUCCCGCCUCCUCCUUGCCCACCUUACCCAGUUACCUUGGUGAGGAAACCCAGGAGGGAGGAGGGAUGCGCUGUCGUGGAGUCCUCGCUGCUGCCGUCCACCAGGGGAGGAGCCGCGGCCAUCUGCCGGGGGACAGAUUCGCCGCUGCCGGCCACCUGGAGUCAGAAGAACCAUUGCCAUCUGCCAGGAAGGGGAGGCGCCAUUCUGUCCACCAAGGGUCGGAGGACUUGCUGCCGCCCGGUGUGGAGCGGUUGUCGUCCACCAGAGGGUGGAGGUGUGGCUGAGGACCAGGCAAUGGCGUGUAUGGGGACCGGCUAACAAGUUUUUCUCUCUCGCUCCUCUAUCUCUGUCACUCCGUCUCGUACUUUCCCUCUUCAUUCUCCCUCCCCUCAUCUCUCCCAGGGCUCAAGAAAGGUGGGGAAGACCUCCUGGAAGGGCAACACCCCUGCAUCAGGAAGGUAAGGGAGGGGAGGAGAGUACGUCAUGUCGGAGGUUUCCCCAGCCUGAGUCGGGCGAUGAAGGAGUGUGACAAGGAGGAGGGCAGGGCCUGGCCAUGAUGACACACACCCGGCCCUGAAUUUGACUAAACAGCCGGGAGGUGGAUAAAGACGAGCCGGAGUCACCAGUUCGAGAGAGCAAUAUGGGUCCUCUGAGUUGGUGAAUCACUGUUUUGCUGAUGUGGAGCAUUUUAUGGCACGACUGCAGCAGACGGCAGAGGCUCAGAGUGCGCUAGUGCAACAAAGCAAGAAAAAGAGACAAAAGAAAAGCAGCAAGAAGAAGAAAGAGCCGGAUGAUGAUGUUCUGACCCAAAACGCAGUCCCUCCAUCGGAACAAGAGUUUGUGGAUAUUUUUCAGAAGAUUAAAUAUUCUCUUUGUCUAUUGGACCGGCUGAAGACAGAAAUAUCAGAACCCACCUCACAAGAGCUCUUGCACCAUGUCUUCAUUCCUUUGGAUUUGAUGGUGAAGACCACAGGUGGUCCUAAGUUGGCAGCAACAGUCUCCAGCCCCGCUUUUACCAGUGGAGCAAUCUCACUAGUACAGAACAACCUUAAUGAGAAAGAGAAACCACUCUGGACCUCACUCGGGCCAUACUGGAAUCUGCCAUACUCUCAACUCAGUGACACUGUGCCUCAAUACACACCUGUCUUUCUGGAUGGUUGGCAACCUAAGGCUGUAGAUCCAUAUGGACAACCAAUCGAGGAUCCUAUAGAGUCACAGCACAAACAUGAAGCCCUUAUACAGGCGCAAUUAGAUACCCACCAGGAACAUGAAGGGAUGGAAAACUCUAUGCCUCCUCAAGAAGAAAGGUUGUACCGUUGCAGUUAUGACUUUGUGGCAAGGAACAAUAGCGAGCUCUCAGUACUACAAGGAGAAACCCUGGAGGUGUUAGAUUCAUCUAAGCGAUGGUGGAAAUGUAGGAAUAAUUAUGACCAAAUUGGUUUCAUUCCAUCUAAUAUCCUUGAGCCGAACAAUCACACAGAGGUUGACUCCUCUAACGUUGUAAUGCGCAAUCAGUCUAUGAAAGCUCCUAUCUCUCCCCCGAGAGGUGGACGAUUCUCCUAUGCUGGACCCAAUCCCUCAGGUGGAAGUGCAAUCCACCUUGAUCCCCGCCCUCUCAGCAUGCCAUCAAUCAGUGACAAUGGAGACAGAGCAAUGAAGGUGAACGAUGAGCUCAUGCAGCGAUUGGCCAAUGGCAGAACAGCAUCAACUCGCCCAGUGGUAAUUAAUAAAGCAAAUGAGACAACCGCACCGCUGGACUAUCACUCUUCUCCAGCUGAGGUUCAGGAGUGGCUCAAAGCCAAAGGCUUCAAUGAUUUCACUGUGCAGAGUCUAGGUGUCCUAACAGGAGCUCAGCUCUUCUCACUGAAUAAAGAAGAGCUGCGUUCUGUUUCUCCACAGGAGGGCAUUAAAGUCUACAGCCAGAUCAUGAUGCAGAAAGCCCUGCUGGAGGAUGUACAGAAGGCCACUGAGUUGGAGGCCAUCAUGAAGAAACAAAAGAUGAAAGCUGAUUUGAAAGCAGAAGGUGGAGACUUUUAAGUAAACUCCAGUUCUCUCAUUCACUCUCACUUACUGUAUUCAGACAAACACAUUUGUUACUGCUUUAAUAGACAGGUGUGGCAUGAAUCAAAAUCUUGUUUACAUCAUGAUCUCUGUUGUUUUUAAUCUCAUUGAUAGAAAAUAUAUUUCAUAAUUACUGCUUAACCUGACAGAUACAGUAGACAACAGACCCUGUAUAUUCCUUUAUAAUUUGUUGUUUAAUUAUUCAUAAAAAAAAAACACUGAUGUUAAUAAUAUUGGAAUUGUAUUUAUAUUUGAUCAAUAAUAAUAAUAUUUAAAAAAAGAGACCAUUUAAUAAUUCAAACUUCAGAGAUCUUUAUGCAACUUAUCAAUAUAGAACAAUUGUAAAUGACAACUGUUAAUGACUUCUAAAAAGAUACAUAUGCUAUGCCAAUAUCUGGUUUAGUAGUUUUCUAUGGUCUUGGCUGCAGUAUGCAGAGUGUGAACUGUGCUCAGCAUUCUACAUGCAUAGAAUACCCAAUGUGCAGUAUUCAUCCAGGAAGCACUUGUAUACAACCAGAGAACACUGCACUGGGUACUGUAUCCCACAAUGCAAUGUGCAAUUUGACCUUCCAUUUCCAGUAUGAUGAGUAAACCGGUAGCAAUGUCAAUUGUGAUUUAACCCUUAAAUGCAUGAGAAUUUCACCAAACACACUUACUGUACAGAUUAUAGACCUGGCACUUAUAUCUAUCACAUUGAACUACAAAAUGCCCAGAUAGUGUUACAUUUUCAAAAUAUUCUCAGACAAUUAGAAAAUAAUAGAAUAUACUAUAUUUUGAUGUUUCAUUUUUCAUAUAUCAAUGAGAAACUGCAACAAAUCAGGACAAAUCUAGAACUGUAUUAAUUACUGUAUAUUCUCACUGAAAUUUCCUGAGAUACACAUAAAAGCUACAUAUAAGUAUUUUCUCAUUCACUUAUUGAGUAGAUGCACAACUUGCAUAAUUCCAAUAGAACACCCAAAUGUCAAUAGUCAAGGUUGGGAAGUAACAAAAUGCAAGUAUCCGGAUUCAGUUUUUUAAAUAAAAAAUAUAAGUAACUGUAUUCCACUGCAGUUACAAUUGAAAUCAUUGGUAAUUAGAUGAAACAGUUACAUUCAAAAAGUAUUUUGAUUACUGAAGAGAUUACAUUGCAUUUUAUUGUCAUUUGUUUCAUUUAAUAUUUUGUCCAUUCAGAUGGAAAACAUUUAUACAUAUAAAUUAUGUGAUCCAAAGUGCAUUUGAACAGAGGUGAAACACUUUCUUAUGAUGUGUUACAUUCAUACGAGCAGACAGAAAAUUAAGUUUGAAGUAAGUUUGGAGCAGUUUGCUAUUUCUAGCCAUUUAACAUGCACGUUACCAAGCACGAUCAUGUUUUUUUAUCAAGAAAAUUCACGUUGGAUCAUAAUUUCUUUUUUUUUCUAGUAAGACCUUUGAUAUUAGGGCAAAAAUCAUAUUCUUGAUAAUAACUGUUGUAUUGUUUUUCUGUAAAAAUAGAAAUAAAAUCCUUAAAACAAGAUCAAUUUGAUUUAGCUUAUUUUAGAGACAACACUGCAUAAGAUAUUUAUGUUUUUCAGAGACUGUAUUUUUUACAUGUGUAUUUUGUCUUACUGUACUGGCAGAGUUUUUAUAGUCAACCAGUGCUGAUGAAGUAAUCCAAAGUAUUUAGAAUACGUUACUAACUUUGAGUAAUCUAACGAAAUAUGUUACAAAUGACAUUUUACUGCAUGUAUUCUGUAAUCUGUAGUGACCCUCCCAACCCUGACAAUAGUCAUAUCAUACUGUUCAUAUUUUGUACUUUCUAUAGUUGACUUAUAUGUUGUUUCUUCAUCAAAAAGUCAAUUACUGAAACAACAGUGCCACCUUCAGUAAGAAAUAACAGUAAAAUAUGUGUGCGUUCAUAUGGAAUACUGACAGAUCACCAUUGUUUUUAAUUCAGUGUACAGAAAAUAGAAAAUUGUAUAGUAUAUAUUUGUUUGAAUAACGUACUAUUUCAUCUUGUAAAAACAAAGAAAUAGAUAUCAUGUGAUGGAAUUAUAUACAGUAGAUAUGCAGUGAUCAUAAAAAUAUAAUUUAUAGAAGUGCAAAUAAACCAAAAUGACACUCUUACAUACCUCUCUAAUGACCCUAAACAUUUUUGGUACUUAAACAAUUCUAAGAAGUUUUAUUUAAAUUUUAUUGUUGCAAUUAUUAUAAUUUUUUUUUGUUUACAUUAUUUAUAAGAGAGAGAUUGGGGAAUACUAAAUAAAUGAGUGAGGUAAAGUUGGUUGCAAGUUCAAUAUUCCUUGGAUAUUCAACUAUGGUGUUUAAGGGACUGUCUGAAAACUCCACACACUGCGCUAAAACGUCACGGUCGUCUGAACAUUCAUUCAAUUGACUUAAAUAUUCUGUCAUAAAAAACACUGCUUUUGGGCGUAGGCUGCUUUUGGACAGACUGACUUACUACAGCAGUGGUUGAAAUGGCUGAAAUUCACUGUUGGGACUCUAUUUUGUUACAAUUUAAUAUUUUUUUUUAAAUAAAUGAUGUAUUCUUCAAACUUUGUUCAUCCAAGAAUACUUGCAGCAUUGCAACUAUUCGGCAUAUACUGUUAAUUAAAGCUGCUAGUUUAGGACCUGUGAGGAGACUUUUUCUUAAAUAAGAGACUCUGGUGUAUUCUUGUUGUUGUGCAUCUGGGUUGUCCACUAUUCUCUCUGUCCCGGUUAGAUCAAGUUUGUUUUAUUAUUUCAAAACAGAAGUGGAUGGAAUAGCCUUGAUCUCUCAAAAGAACAAUAGAUGGAUGAUUUUGAGGAGAAAUAUAUUUCUAUUUGGUUAUUUUUAAAACUGAAAUUUGACUUCAAGUGUAAAGUAACUUUACUGUAAAGUAACUAAAAAAAGCAAUACUUCAGCUAGAAAAUAUGGAAAAUCAGAAUAUAAUCUCAUAUACUUCACAUUCAUGAAACCAGUUUAUAUGGCAUUAUCAUUGUAUUAAGACUCCAUGUAUUUCUUGUAUGUCCAUCCUUGUAUUCCUGUGUUGUAUACAUGUUACCAGGCACAAGCCUUAUAUGAUCAAUGUGUGUGUGUGUUAGAAGAUUACUUCAUGCUUGUUCUCUAUCCUUGUAAAUGGGUUGUUAGAUGGUUUGUGCUUUCUGUGCCCAACAUUCCUGUGAGAAACUGGAGCACUGUUUGGGACAAAGUCUAUACAUUUUAGACUCUUAGUAUAUGAACUUGUUGCCCUUUUGACCUGAUGAGUUUUCAGAGCUGAAUUCAGAGAGCUUGGUGCCAUUUUUAUAGAUGUUAUUGUUUCAAGCAAUGUGCAGACGGGAGUCUUGCACAUACGCAUUUACAGGAUAAGACAUACUUGUGUUAGUGCUGUUGAGAUCAUGAUGUUAAUGAUCUCAACAUGCAAGGCCACUUAACCAGCCUUUGCACUUCAAUGGGUCAUAAAAAUGUGACCUGACACCUUGGCAUUAUCAGCACCAAUUGUGCAGAAUGCGCUGUACCAAAUAAGGAAGUCUUACUUGGCACAGUCUCAAGAGUGUAUAAUGACCUUAACUUUUCCUCAGACUAACAGCUCAGCUCUCAGGCUCUCUGCAUCUGGCUUCCAACUUUGAGGUCUCAUCUUACUAUUCAUACUUUAACUUUAACUUCUUACAUUUAAUUACUUCAUUAGACUAAGACAAGACAUAGUAUUGUUAGAUUAAUUCCAGGACUUAGUCCUUGGAUAUAUCCUUAAGAUGUAUCUACUUAACAUUUUAUA